CAGUAAUUUUUGCUGUAUCCCUUCUAGCCUUAACCGAGAAAACCCGGAUCCUGGUCGCGCGGACCGUCAGCCACGUCACCGAUCAGCGGCGCGAGCGCACAGUCCAGCGUAGACCAGCAGAGAGUUGCAGUACAUUUUCACGGAUACUAUUUGGACGAACAUCUGAUCUGAGAUCAGCUUCAAAACUCUUUAAAUCCAGCGCUGAUUACUGAUCGAUAACAUGAAUAUCUUCCGACUGUCUGGAGAUGUUUGUCAUCUGGUCGCCAUCAUUAUUCUGUUCCUGAAGAUCUGGAGAUCCAAAUCAUGCGCAGGUAUUUCUGGGAAGUCUCAGGUGUUGUUCGCUCUGGUCUUCACCACCAGAUAUCUGGACCUGUUCACAUCCUUCAUCUCCGUCUACAACACCAUCAUGAAGGUGGUGUAUCUGGUCCUGGCGUACGCCACCGUCAGCCUCAUCUACUACCGCUUCAGGAACUCAUACGACUCUGAGAGCGACUCGUUCCGUGUGGAGUUCCUGCUGGUGCCGGUGGCCGGUCUGUCAUUCCUGGAGAACUACGCCUUCACACCGCUGGAGAUACUGUGGACAUUCUCCAUCUAUCUGGAGUCAGUGGCCAUCCUGCCGCAGCUCUUCAUGAUCACGAAGACGGGCGAGGCCGAGUCCAUCACCACACACUACCUGUUCUUCCUGGGCCUGUACCGCACACUGUACCUCGCUAACUGGGUGUGGCGCUAUCAUGUGGAGGGAUUCUUCGACCAGAUCGCCGUGGUGUCUGGCGUCGUCCAGACCAUCUUCUACUGUGACUUCUUCUAUCUAUACUUCACCAGAGUGCUGAGAGGAAGUGGAAAGAUGAGUUUGCCAAUGCCGGUGUGAGUCAUUGGAUCAGGCCCCGCCCUCCAUUAGGCCACACCCAGUUGUGACAUCAUCACCGGCCGCCGCUGUAGUUCUUGUGUUUGAGCUGCAUGUGUGGCUGGUGUAAUCGUGCCUUACACUGAUCAGAUCUGCUGGACGUGUCUCGUCUUUGAUGCCUUAAUGUAUUUCUGUUCAUAAAGACAAUGGUUUGUUUAUAUAUAUAUGUGUAUGUGUAUGUGAGAGAAACACUCCACAUUCUGUAUUUCGUAGUUUGCAUUUCUCGUUUAUUCUCAUAGUCUUUUUUUUCUGUAGUACAUGAUCUUUAUUUUUUAUUUUAUGUAGGGUGACCAUGACAUGCCAUUUUUCCCCGGAAACGUCCUGGACAGGAUUUCUGUAUUGCCUAAAAUUUCCAGGUUUUGGCUUUUUUUGCGCUGCACAGACCGAUCGUUGUAUGACAUCAAAGUACUGUGAGAGCUAUAGAGAGCAGACGCUUCUUAUGCUUUCGAAUCGUUCUCAUGGUAAUUUGAUGUUACGCACUAAUCGGUCUGUGCAGCACAUCUUCAAACUGAACACACUUAAUAUGUACGUGAUUUUGCAUUGCUUUGGACAUUCACGGUAGAUCCCACCUUCUCACACGCCACGACUGGUCAAUUAUGUACAAUGCCUGCAUGUUAUUGGUCAAACUACUUUUCAAUCAUUACCUUCAGCAAGUAUUGAAAACAGGAAAACUUUGAGAAUAUUUUAGGCAACAUAUAAACCCUGGCCAGGAUGUGUCCAAGAAAAAUGGCACGUAUGGUCACCCUAGUUUAUGACCAACUACAAAUUGUUUUUCAUUCUGUAAAGGGACGUUUCAUUGGGAUCUUUAAAUAUUUUUGUGCCAGUGUACCCGUGAAGAACAUGAAUGUUUGUAUAAACCACAUUUCAGUCUAAGUAUGACAUUUAACAGAUGUCUGGCAAUAGCAUAGUGGUUUUUUUAAUGAAGAUGGGCAGUUUAUGUGCCCUGGUUUUUAUAAAGCAUGCCAAUAAAGAGUUUCUGUCUCUGCAGAGCAAACGCUUGUGUUCAUGAGAGUGAAUGAGCACAGAAACACACACUCCAGUCCA